AAGCGAAAGGGUCUUGACGCAGAGCUCGUUCACUGGCUCUGUCAGACAUUACCAAUCGCCGACCUCCGUUACAGGAUGGCUGCUCUCCUGAAGAGGCUACUGCUGCAAACCAUAAGGACUGAAAAUAGUUGCAUUGGAAGGUGUUUUGAUAAACACAUUAUACAAAAGACAGUCCCAGUGCAGUUGUUCCUGGUUGCUUAUGCCCCAAGACUGUCCUACCUAAUGCAUACAAAAAGUUUUAGUACUGUUGAGAACACCCAGGAUGAGAGGAAAAAGAAAAAAAAGAGUGACACAACUUUUAGUAAUGUUGGAAGGAAAAUUGGUGAGCGAAUUAUUCGUGUCCUUGAUGAGAAGGGCAAUGAUUUGGGAAACAUGCACCGAGCAGAUGCAAUUAGACUCAUGGAAGAGCGAGACCUGAGGCUGGUGCGGAGGAACUCCAGCACAGAGCCCCCGGAAUACCAACUCAUGACAGGAACACAGAUUCACCAGGAACGGCUGCGGCUCAGAGACACAGAAAAGGCCAAACUAAAACCUGGACCAACUGUGACAAAGGAACUAACUUUUUCUUCAAAUAUUAAACAACAUGAUUUGGACACAAAGAGUAAACAGAUUCAGCAGUGGAUUGAGAAAAAAUACCAAGUUCAAAUUACCAUAAAGAAGGGGAAAAAUGUAAAUGAACCAGAAAAUAAGAUGGAGGAAAUAUUUAAUCAAAUAGUUCAGACUAUGCCUGGAAUGGCUACCUUCUUAUCCAGGCCACAACCUGUUAAAGGAGGAAAAGCCUUAAUGUGUGUUAUUCGGCAUUUGACGAAGAAAGAAGAGAAGGCAUACGGAGACUUGCAAGAGACCCAGAAAAGAGACAUUUUGAACAAAGAAAAUGGAAAUGACAAGGAAUCAAAUGUUCUGCAUCAGUGAUUUUAAUAAAGACAAACAGACUUCUGAGCAAGAAAAAAACUCAGUGGUCUAGUCCUUCAACAAGGCUCGUUAGGUGCCUAGUGGAGGGCGAGCACCGCGACCGUCGAGAGCACCUUGUCUUCCACACGGGUCCCCAACCCUCUGUUUUUAGGCAAAGAUGAGUCUUGCUCUUGUUUCCUUUUGGGAGGGAUAUAGCCACUGAGGUGAGAGGCCAAACUCCGUUUUUCCCGAGAUGGUUUUACCUUUGGGAAUAAGGAAGACAGACAACUAGAACUCAAAGUCAGAAUUAUCUGGGUUGGUUGUGUGCUCCGACAGGGAACACUCCUUUAGAGAGAAGCCGGGGGAUGUGCCAGGCUUCAGGCAGGGUAGGUUUAGACCCAAGAGCUCCCCUAAGUGGCUUCAACUUACUUUAAGCUUCAUUUUCUUCUUGUCAGGAUCAUGCACAACAGCAUGCCUCAUGAGGCUUUGCUACAGUGAAGAAAAAAAGAGAAACCUGUAUUUUAAAAACCGUAACACUGGAGAAUCCAUGAACAUGAAAGCUAGAUGCAGAUCUAAUCACAGACGAGAUUCCAGUUACUUAACCAGUCUUGGAGCAAAAAUUAACUACUUGAGAGAAAAACAGCCACAUUACUUCCUUUGUUUAUGUGACCACAUAAACAGUCUUCGCCAUACCUCUGAAAAGACACUCUGCUUUCAAGGCUACAAAGAUACCUCAAGAGGUUGUCGGGCUGGGCUGAGAUAAACACCUGAACCAUCUGAGCUGUUUAUGUCUGAGGAAGUGGGUUGUGUGAUAAGAACACACAGCGGCACACGCAGGAGCCCCAGGUCGCAACGAGAAGCACACGCUCGAUCCCCAGCACCACCAAAAAACAGAACAAAACACAACAGACUACUUUGGUGUUGCAGGAACUGGCAGCACAGGGAUAAGCUGCAGACCUGCAAGCAACGACAGCACUGUCACUGCAGCAACCCUGGGGCGCCGGGCAGCCUGCGUGAGCCAGGAGGAAGACAAGGGCCAGCUCCACUACACAGGCAGCACCAGCACCACGCAGCCCACAUCUCUCAGCGACCUCGUGGCUCUACUCCGACGCGUCCAGCCACCCUUUGGUGUUCCGCAGGAAACCCUCUAACUGCAGGUUGGGCCCACUUCUGUCCUGUUUACAGGAAGGUCACUCAUGCCUUCAUAAUGACCUUUCAUGGACUUGCACGGGCUCUACAUGAACUGACAAGCCAUUCCUGAGCCUUCCCCUCAAGCUUAACUACAACUGUAAUCAUCUCAGCUUACUCUGAAACACACUAUGUAUUUUAAAGAAGCGAAAAUGAAAAUUAACUUUUAAAAUGCCCCAAUAUAUAAACAGGUAUACAUGAUACAUAGGAACAGAAAAAUGGUUAUUAGGAAGCUGUUCUAGAACACGGGCUCCCAACCUUUGCAUUUCAAUCUCAAGCACACCUAGAAUUUCAAAGACCCAUGCAACACACACCUGAAUGGGGGCUCGUUGGUAUGUUCGCACUGAUGGACUUUCAGCUGCUGAUGUUUCUUAAAGGCCUUCUUGCAACCUUCGAAAUUACACUGUUAAGUAAAUGUGUGUUAAUCUUCAGAAAAAAAAAAACAAAAAAUCAACAGUUCAGAACAAUCCUCUAAAGGUAAAACUAUUUUAGAGACUACAUUUGCUACUUUCACCUAUUUAGUUACCUUAAAUUUCUACUUUAUGUCAAUAAGCUUUAAAGAUCAGUGACAUUUGAAAAAGCAAAAAUAUUUUGGUUGGUAUAGUAACCCAAUUAUGUACUUUAAUGUGCACAAUGUUUGCUUACAAAAUAAAACUUUAUGAUUAGCACAGUCAGUACCAGACUAAAAUUAGACAUUUGAGAGACAAAAUUUGGUUGAUGGAAACUUUAUAGAAUAUCAACAAUAAGUGUAAAAAUUUAAACAUAUAAAAAUCGUACUACACAUAAGCACAUAUGACCAUACUUACUACAUACUGUUUUUGCUGAUUUUCAUGUUUGCGUUCAAAAUGUUUCUUCAAGUUUGAUUUUGUGUUGAAUUUCUGAUCACAACCAUUAGCUGUACAACUGUAAGAAAUUUUAUAAACCAAAAUAUUAGGGCUGGGGAUAUAGCUCAGUUGGUAGAGUGCUUACCUUGUAAGCACAAGGCCCUGAGUUCAAUCCCCAGCACU